AUGGCCUCAGAACACCGAGCCGUGGCGAGUGUGCGUGCUUCUAUGGACUUUAAUGGACCAUUAAAUGCAUUAUCUACAUCUCCAAAUAAUCAUUUAAUUGCUGUGGGUGGUCGCGAUGUACUGAAGGUAGUAGCAUUGGAAGCUGCAGGCUUUACAGAAAAGCGAAAUUUACGUGUUAUAGGCAAACCAAGUCUCAAUUUUAGCACUAAUGACAUUCGAUGGCAUCCACAUUCGGACUAUUUACUAGCUACAGCCGCCACAAAUGGUGCUGUUGUCAUUUGGAACUUGGAACGAGAUGGCUACAAACAUGUUCAAGAACGUGUGCUGAAUGGACAUCGACGUGCAGUAAAUCGCAUCUGCUGGCACACGACGGACUGGAACGUGCUUAUUAGUGGCUCUCAGGAUGGAACAGUGAAACUUUGGGAUAAACGCGGUGGAAAAGUAGUGUCUACUUACCAGCCAAAGUCGGAGAGUGUGCGUGAUGUUCGUGCAAGUCCGUUCCAUUCCAACAAAUUUGCUGCUGCUUUUGAAAAUGGAAUUGUACAAGUCUGGGAUAUGCGUAAAAACACACAACCUGAACUCAAGUUUACAGCUCAUAAGGGUUUGGUACUGAGUAUUGACUGGCAUCCGACCGAUGCUAAUGUACUGGCUUCGGGUGGACGUGAUCGCUACGUAAAGAUCUGGGAGCUGGGUGAUGUUCGACAGCCGAAACAAACGAUUCAGACAAUCGCGAGCGUUGGUCGUGUGGCUUGGCGGCCAACUUGUGUGACACAUAUUGCCACCAGUGCAUCACUUAUGGACAAUAGCAUUCAUGUUUGGGACACAAAGAAGCCAUUCAUCCCUGUGGCAUCAAUGAAAGGCCACUUGGAUAUUGCAUCGGGCAUUUCUUGGAUGGACACACCUGUUUCACCAAACUUUGGUCAGCCUGAAAUUCCAGGAGAUUGGGAAGGUCAUGAUUACUGGCAACAUAUGCUCGCAUGCUCCAAGGAUGGAACUCUCAAGCUCCAUUCACUUGCGGAUUCGUUCAAGCCGCACCAAUCGCUUCCAACAACGGCAUUGGCACUCAACUCGAAAGGUCAAGUCGCCUUCUCCCAUGAUUACAUCGACAGGUCAUGUGCGUCUCUAAAAAUUCGUCGACAUUUUAGCCUCGGCAGCUCACUUUUUACUGUUGCUGGGGUGUCAUCUACCUCUCCAUUCAUCGGUCCCGUUAGCGGCGAACGAAAGCUAGGUAACGGUCCGUUAGCCAUGUCGCUAAGUCCCUAUCAUGGUAGCUCUGUUAGUCCAGAAGUUGCAAGUGCAACGCAGGAACAGUUACCGGCACGUACGUCCACAGGCUCGUUUGGAGCAGGUUCGCAGCAACCACCUUUACCACCCAAAGGUUUAAGCAGGAGCAGUGCAAACCUGGGAGGGUUAUCCAGUGGGGUUCCAACUGCGAGUGCCGACCUUAAAUUUGCUGGCGGAAGUAGCAGCAGUAAUGCGGCGUCCGGGGUGGGCUCUGCAGGAAUUGUGAGGGGCACCGGUUUUGCCUCUUCUUCCCAGUCAACGCUGCUAAAUCUACAAAGCAGCAACAUCAGUGGAAAUGUAGCCGCGUUUUCAGACGGCAAUUUUGUGUCCGCGUCAGGUCCGCUGGCGGCCUCGUCACCCAUAAUCCCGAUGAUGUCUGGACUGACUGUACCCCGAGCUUUAGUCGCUCUCGUAACGAUGCAAAACAUUAACAAGGCCAGUCAACUCGAGAAAAUAUUUCUUGGCAACGAAAGUGCAUAUAUUCAAGCGGGAAAACAAGUGGAAGCCAUGCGCGCGCAAUUUGAGCAAGGCCAAUACUUGAAAGAGUCGUUUGGUUUUGAUGAACACGCAUUUCGAUUCCUCGCCAGACACUACUUACUCUAUUCUGAGGGGGCUAGCGUUGGCAUGAACUGUACAAACGGUUCGGGCGGUGCUGGUGACCAAACGUCAGCAAAGUCUAGUGUAAGCUUUGAGGACAUGUGCGCGCAUAAUGCUUUGGCUGCGUUUGUCACGGGAAACGCUCAUUUGUGUCAGAUGUGGCGCAUUCUAGAGGUUUUAUACACGAAGGAGGAAGCUGACGUAGGAAACAAGGCAAAGUUCAGCGGAACAAUGGAUACCAGCAAACAUUAUUCUAGUGAUUAUAGCCCCCGAGAUCAAGUGGGCAUGCCAAUGGAUGAGGAGUUCGAUGAGUACAAUCCCGAAAUCAUGCAAAGUGAUAGCAAUCACGACGAUCAAAUGGAAAAGUUUGUGCGUGGAGAAAGCGGACUUACUAAUGAGUUUGGAGAUGAUGAUUACUGUCACACGAAUCUAAAUCACAACAAUGCAAGCGAGACAGCUAUGCUACUUGAACAACUCGACCACGUAAACCCACAAGCUAUGGAAGGAUUCGAUCCGUAUCCAUAUGACCCUAGGGGGAGACUUGCAAACGAGAGCGCACGUGAAGGCGGUGACCGUAACGGUGCGUCUGGGAUUGCAAACGUGCGUGGUAAUUCGUCCAUGAUUAUGAAUGGGAGUGCUGUCAUGGGCGAUCUCGGUCAUUUACGUAGUGACGUAUUGAAGGAACUAUUGGAGUACUACACGGAUAUUGGUGACCUUCAGACAUGCGUUACGAUAACUGUUGUCGUGAGCAGAGUGACAAACGUCGAAAAAGUGAUGGGCAAGACAUGGUUGCAACAUAUUUACAUGCACUACAUCGAUCUUCUUCACCAGUUGCAGAUCUACACGACCGCGAAUGAAUUGGUUGCAAAUUGUUCGGACCAGUCGAUUCGACAAAUGAAUAUGAAAUCUACAAGUGUUUAUUUUAAUUUAAUGCUGCGACGCUGUGUUCAAUUUGUCAAUUACCAGUUCGAGGUCUCUAUGUUUGGUGUCCAGUUUGUGCACAUGGUGGUCAUUUGGACCAUUUAA